AGGACCCGCCAUGCCCAGGCAGCACCUCGGGAACGGGGGUUGCAUCAGUGGACAGAACAGCGUGAGGCCUGCUCUCGUGGGGCUUACGUCGUGGCAGGAGGGACAACACUAGGUGUAAUAAACACGAACUGGACGACGCAGAGUGUUACGAGUAUUUCAGGUACGCAGAAGUGAGCGCCCCAUCACAGAUGGCUCCUGGCAGCGUGACCCUGAGGGCUGCCGUCCUCUGCCUCCUGGCCUGGGCCGGCCUGGCUGCGGGUGACCGCGUGUACAUACACCCCUUCCACCUCCUCGUCCACAGCAAAAGCAGCUGCGACCAGCUGGAGAAGGCCAGCGCAGAGACACCCACGGACCCCACCUUCGUGCCGGUGCCGAUUCAGACCCAGACGCCCCCCGUGGACGAGGAGGCCCUGUGCCACCAGCUGGCACUGGCCGCCGAGAAGCUGGGGGCUGAAGACCGGCUGCGGGCCACCAAGGUGGGGAUGCUCGUCAACUUCAUGGGCUUCCGCAUGUACAAGAUGCUGAGCGAGACCUGGAGCGGGGCCGGCGGGGCCGUCCUGUCCCCCACGGCUCUCUUCGGCACUCUGGCCUCUUUCUACCUGGGGGCCCUGGAACCCACGGCCAGCAGGCUUCAGGCAUUCCUGGGCGUUCCUGGAGAGGACCUGGGCUGCACCUCCCGGCUGGAUGGGCACAAGGUCCUCUCUGCCCUGCAGACCAUCCAGGGCCUGCUGGUCGCCUCGGGCAGCGCCGGUGGCCGGGCCCGGCUGCAGCUGACCACCGUGGUGGGCCUGUUCACGGCCCCCAGCCUGCGCCUGAAGCAGCCCUUCAUGCAGGGCCUGGCCCUGCUCACCCCCGUCGUCCUCCCGCGCUCUCUGGACUGGUCCGUGGACCCGGACCUCGCUGCCGAGAAGAUGGACAGGUUCGUGCAGGCCGUGACCGGGUGGAAGAUGCACAGGCCCCCGUCGGGAAUCAGCGCAGACAGCACCCUGCUUUUCAACACCUAUGUCCACUUCCAAGGGAAGAUGAAGGGCUUCUCCCUGCUGGCUGGACCUCAGGAGUUCUGGGUGGACAACAGCACGUCGGUGUCCGUCCCCAUGGUCUCGGGCACGGGCACCUUCCAGCACUGGAACGAUGCCCAGAACAACUUCUCGGUCACUCGUGUGCCCCUGAGCGGGAGCGCCGGCCUGCUGCUGGUCCGGUCCCACCACGCCUCCGACCUGGACAGGGUGGAGGCCGUCGCCUUCCAGCACGACUUCGUGAGCUUGGUGAAGAGCCUGUCUCCCCGGUAG